UAAUAAGUACCUACAAUUAAAACCUCUCUAGUAGUACCAUUUGUUAGAUAGUUGCAUUACUAUAGACUCUAACUAUAAAUCUACAGGAAAUGUGUUACACAAAUGGCAUAUCAUAAGUUAUUUGUUUUAACUUAUAUGCAUUAUUUAGGUAAACAUAGAAAACCCUUACUUAUGACUCAGUUGCGACUUUUAGCGCUGCACAGACUAUUCAAGGUUUUUGUUGGGAAAACGUUAGCACACUUAAUCUCAAGGGCAAGAACUAGGUAAAUAAUUAAGAUAUGGUCUUGGUCACUACUUAGUACUUAGCGCCAAGGAAAGAUUAUUGGGAAGAAGUUUUAUGUAUUUAGGGUAGCAACAUAAUGGAAUGUUAAUUCAGAACUAAGGCAACGCAAUCUUUGGAACCUCUGCAUGUUUGAUUUCAUUUCAUAUAGCUGUUGUGUACUUUUCUCUUCGACCAUUUAAACCUGGACUGCUAGCGUCGUAUAAUAUUUCAUAUAAAAAUUGAAGCCAACAUCUGCAGCGCCAUCACUGGGUAUGACUAAAAUGAGAACUAAAUCUGAGGUGCUAAAUAUGAAAUUUGCAAGGACAAGUAUAUCCACACAAAAUAUUUAUACGAUAACUGUUUAACUGUAUACCUGAUUAAUUCAACUUCAGCGUCUCAUUUUUACUUAAUUUUAUAAAAGUAACACAACUAAAUAACACAAAAUUACAUAAAAUCGCUCACCCAAAUUAAAUCUCGUAACAUUGACGUGUGUCAAAUUUUGUUUCACAAAACACACAACUGCCCUGUGAUGGCGCUGUAGAUGUUGGCUUCAUUAAUUUGACUGUGCUAGUAAUCCAGUUAUUUUUUCAUCCAAGACUUUUCUAUAUUAAGCAAAGAUUAAACUUCUGCUCUCCCAAUUGAUGGUAGUGGGCCGUUGAUUUUGAGAAUUACAAGUGUGACGAGCAUCAUGCCUGGUUGUACGUUACAUCGAGGGUCCAGAUAUGAAAAACUUAUUCGUGGGAUUAUUGGGGUGGUUCUUAUACUUUCGGUAUACUUUUCCAAGAAUAUUCGAUUGUGUUUGGUCGUUUUGGUCUAUAGACCAGGAAGCAUAGGUUUUGAUCUGACAAUUUUUUCAAAAUGAAUAUUAAUUGGACAUUUUGACAGUAGGUGGGCAAUAGCAUAAGCACAGAUUUUGUUGUAGCAUAAGUACACAAUCUAUAUUAUGACAAAGGGCGCUUUGGGCCCUGGGGAUGGUCACCCCAAAUCAGGGUGGAAAUCAGUGAAUCUCAACUCAUAUAUCGCAUGGCUUUUAAACCGAAGAGUUUUGGUUAGCAUAGGAUGACUCUUCAGACGGAUAUCAUGGGUCGUGGUUGCGCGAGUUCCCAGCCUACUUGAGUUUCGAGUUCCGGCAUAGGGUAUGGUAACGCAUUUGGUUACCUACCACUCCCAUGAAAGUCUUAUGGAGACAAGUGCUAGAUUAUAUACCUACAUCAAACUUCAAACAAUUUGAUAAUUUCCAUAUGUUUAAAAGAAUGAUCAAAAAUAUAAAAAGAAGGAAGUUGGGGCCAAGACCAUGUAAUCGAUACAUCAACAAAGAUUUAGCAAACACCAUUACACCAAAAAAGAACACGAUUGCAAAUAAUAAAAGUUAACGGUAUCAAAUACAUAAUUCUGCAUUGAUGUUAAAUCAAGUCAAUUUCAAAAACAAAGAUUGAAACUCAUAACAAAUUGAAAAAGAUAAAACAUAAAUACAAUAUAAGGAAAUUAAAGAUUACUACCUGCAUUAUAUAUAACACAAAAUUACAAAAAACGUAUACUACCCAACGGUCUAUAUAUGGCAGCUUCAAAGAAGGCUUCGUGCUCCAGCCAAACGGCUUUCCUCUUCUAAACAAAAUCGCGCGGUUGUCAGCUCUCAAAAAUGUGUGCAUCGUCGUAGGGUGUAUAUACAGGGCGGAUCCUAUUUCGGUUUUCCCUCCUGCGUUUUGAGAUAAAUGCGUGCGAACGUGAUUUUCGUAAGAAAAGUUCAUAAGAUUCCACUAGCGGAAGUGUAUUGUAAGUUUUACAUUGAAUCGACCACGACACUGCUUAAAGUAUACCCAGACACCUUACUUAUUGCCAAAUCGCUGGCAACGCCCUGGGGAUAUGUUCUUUUUGUUAUAUAUAAAAUUUUGUUAUAUAAAUAAUGUAUUGUAAAAGAAGCAAACCGUAUUAUGUAUUGAUUAGCGCUGAUGGUUAAACACGUGCGUCAUAUUGAUUACAAAGUUUACCACAAGCGAGAAAGCACCUAAUAAAAGGAGAAAGUGCUUGUUUAGUGGGGGUUUUUUCAAACCAAGCUCUUCCCAUUUCUGUGCGCCGUUUCAACUAGCUAUUGUGCAAGCUCCCGAAACAGCGUUUAAAUUUUCAUCAAUUCUGUAAUGGGUGGUUUUCGCAUUAUAUUCCUAACAAGCGGAGAUUAAAAUAAUGUUAUAACUCAAAUAUGUCUAAUCGAUUUUAACUGAGAUUAGAGAUAUCACACCCCGAUGUGGCGUUUUCGCCGCAAUAAAGUUGAAUUGGCUUAGACAGAAAAGCCUGCUAGAAAAUUUCAUUUACCUUCUAGCGUUUAUGUUAUCUUAAUGAAAAAGCUUUCCCGGACGAUAUUUCUAUGACCUUUUGAACUUAGUGAAAGCUUUUCACUAGUAGCAGUAAAGAGGAAAGCUCGGGAAAGCUUUUUGCAUGUGGCGCCAAAUUUAAAUUACAAAGGGUUCUAGACUACUUGCUACUGGCUGAUGGUAAAUAAAUUACAUCAAAGAAAAAAUUUAUUUCGCAAUUCAGCCGCAUGCAAAUAGAGGCGAGGUUCUUUUGAAAUUGCAAUUAUUUUACCCACCUUUGUUAUUCGCCAUCAGUGGCGCAGAGCAGUAGCUGUUUUAAUGCGAUUAGGAAGUGAACAUUGAGAAAAUGAGUUGGUUAAAUAACGCUUCUUUACAUUAAUAUAAAAUAGUUGAAGGGGUAGAAGACGAAACUGUGUUGCAUAGUUGAAGCUGAAGGUAAGAUCCCAUACUUUUGAGUGAUAGGACAAGUUCUUGUUUUUUAAACUCCGUCACUGUGGACAGUUCAAACCAUUCAUGGACUGAACUAAUAUUGGAAAUCCAUUCAUCAUUUUCUCCACUAUCGGUAAUAGCUUUGUGUCCUACACACUCAAUUAUUGUAUUUCGUACAUGUGUUACACACUAUCAUUGGUGCGAUUUGGGUGAAGAGGUCUACCCAAAAUGAGUGAAAAUAAAAAUUUAGAUUCUGCUUUGGAACUAAUAGGUGGGUUUUAAAACUAAUUUUGAAUGGGUGGAAUCAAACUUUUUAGGAUAUGGCAAAUUUCAUUACAAUGUAAUGGCAUCAUGCGCGUUUUGUUUUAUAUCUACAGGAUUGCAGUACGGGUUAAGCGCGUAUGCUAUGCCCGCCGCCCAUUGUGAACUCAAUUUAUUACCUUCUGAAAUUGGAUUUAUUAACGCAUCGUUUCUUGUCGGAGGUACAUCCAGUGCGCUUUUAUGGGGUGUUAUCGCAGAUUUAAAUGGAAGAAGGAAAGUACUCAUCAUCGCGCUCCUAUCGGAUGUUGCAGUUACAAUUUGCUGUGCGCUGACACAAAACUUUUUUGGCUUAAUGAUUUGUAGAUUUUUUAAUGGUUUCCUAAUCGGCGCACCUGGUAGCGUCACUUUCACCUAUUUAGCCGAAUUUCACGCACCCAAGCACCGGACCAAAAGUAUUUACUAUUCAGGAGUUUUUUCGACAAUCCCGUGGUUGAUACUACCAGCUUUGGCUUGGAGCAUAUUACCACUGAAAAUCGACGUACAUUUUGGAGAGUUCUUGCUAUACAGUCCCUGGAGAGUUUUCCUAAUUAUUCUAACUUUACCUGAAAUUAUAGGAGGAAUAAUGCUAAUUAAUCUUCCUGAAAGUCCAAAAUUUUUGGCGGAAAAUGCCCCCGAUAGUGCCAUGAGAGUAUUACAAAAAAUGUACAAUGUUAACAAUCGGGAAAAUGUAAGCGAGUGCCCUAUAAAACAUUUAGACGAGCGCAAUAUAUGUCGCCCUAAAUCGCCCACAAAAAGGACGAUCAGGAACCUAAUCUUAAAAGUUUAUGUACAAGUUUAUAUACUGUUUAGGCCUCCAUUGCUGUCUAUGACGCUUUUAACAACUUUGGUUACGUUCUCCAAUAUGUUUGGGUAUUAUGGGAUGGGAUUAUGGUUACCAGAACUUUUAAACAGAAGAAACGAAAAUGCAUCGCUCACCACGACGCUUAAUACGAACGGCGCCGCUUGCUUACCGGAAUUUGACGUUAAACUUUAUGAAAACACCAUUGUGAUAGGAAUUGUCGCACUCUUUAGCAACCUACUGGCUGGAUGGUUGUCAGACAAAUUUGAAAAAAGGAUAAUUCCGUUGGUUACCUUACUUGUAGGAGGAAUCAGUACCGGGUGCAUGUACUGGGUGAAUUCCCCACUGCAAUAUUUAAUAGCUUCUUGCAUUUUUCAAUCGACGAUGAGUAUAUCUAACAUUGCAUUGGGAAGUGUUGUAGUUGAUCUAUUUCCUACUGAUGUUAAUGCUAUAGCGAUAUGUACGGCUGUAAUGGCUGGCCGAGUAGGGGCCAUCUUUAGCAACAUAGUGUUUGGGUACUUAAUUGAUGUUAAUGUAGCUGUUGCAAUUUUUCUUGUGGCUGGAAUUUUGAUCAUGGGUGGUCUUUUAUGCUUCUUUAUUCCAAAUUCUAAUACAAUUUCACUUGAUUCAAGGCGUGAUAGUAUUGAAAUAUCUGUCAUAAAAAUAGAAUCUAAAUAAAAUAUCUUUCAUAUGAUGGAUUAAUUAAAUGUGCCUAUAGAGAAUGGAUAUAUACAGAUUUAUUUUGUAAUACCUCCGUUAGGAACAAAAUGCCACCUGCAAAUUUUGUGGUAGUACAGUCAGUUGUUUUUUUAAUCUAUGCCAUUACCAAUUAAAUACUUAUUCAUGUUUCAGUUACACUAUCUAUCAGUUAAUAUCCAUGGAAACAAAUGCAUUUAGUAAGACCAAAGAUCAUCUGAUCUUUGGUAAGACCAAUCUGUGAGAUAAAUUUAACUGCAACAUAAAAAAAGCGGUGCUCAAACCUGAACUGCGAACACUUCCGUCCCUUUGCUUCCUCAAACUAUUCUAUAACAACAAACAGUAGGUAUACCACUGUACCAGCUAUAAUACUUAUAUUUUUCACAGUAUAUAGGUAGGUACAAUAUCUAUAUAUGGUUCUAGUACGGCUCAAUACGCAGUUUUUAAGAUCUUUAGUCUAUAGAGGGAGAUUAAGAUAAAAUUGAUGAUGAUGCAUGAUUUUUACACUGACUCAUAAUAUUACUGCCCCUCUUUAUUAAGAUCUCUAAUAAGAGGCAUUAAAUAAGGUAUCAAAAUGACGGAAAUAUGUGUAGGUACCCACUGAAUUUAAUUAUUACGUUUGCGAAUUUCAUUCAGUGAUACCGGUUUACUUACGCUCAGUUUUACCACCUGUUAAAUUUAACUCGUAGUCAUAAUUUCCGCACACGAAUUUAAAGGGAAGUGAGGUGGGUGCUGGAACUUUUAAUAUAAAUAAAUUCGUCUAACCUAUUUUUUUAUAUUAAAUUGAUAUUAUUCAUGGUCUCAAACGGAAAGUGUAGGAUACUACUAUAGUUGAUAAAAGGGAAUACGUCAUCGUAGCGUCGCGGCGCCAAGAAAGUUUCGUAACAGGAGCGUAGCAAAAUGACAGAGGAAUUAAAUUAGCAGUAAAAAUCAAUACAUUUUAUACUUCCUCCCCCACUAGAAAAGCACAGUCAUAUAUAUGCUGAUGGACCUUUAAUGCCAGUGCAUACAUAUGAGACAUACAAUGAUAGAAAUAUUUAAAAGAAUAAAAUGUUGGGACUAUACAGCUUUGGCUGAAACAGCGUUUUCUAAGACGGAACCACAAAUAAGAACUGUUAUUAGUAUUACGUCUUGACACUCUCUGCAUAAAAAGGUUUUCUUGAAAAAAAUGUACUACUAAAACACCAAUCGAGCAUUUUUUAAAUACCUACGCACUCAAUUAGUCAUCAGAUGUUCAAAUUUCGCAAUUAACUUUCGAAUAUUUUAAUAAUUGUCAAGAACUUUCUGAUAUUUAUUACCUAUCUGCGUGUGUGAUGGUCAAAAAUGGACAUGAUUCUCUUCAAUAUUAUUAGUUGGUUCGUUAGAGUAUUCUUUCGGGAUUUUUGUCUUUUUUUACUCUGCUCAUUAUUAUCUUUAUCUGGUCUCAAAAAGGAGGUAUAUAGGUAGGAUAAUUGAGAAAAAUAAAAAAAUAGGUAUUUAUAUAAUAAAAAAUUAUGAUAAUUCUAAGGGUUAUUACGUUGAUUUAUUGUGUGUAGUAUCUCUGUUGCGGCUUAAUUUUUUAUUCAAUGGUGGUCAAACUGAUUAAUGUGGGGAUUAUUCAUAAUAACCGGUAAAUGGAAAUAUUGAGGGAAGGAACAUUUAUUGAACAGCCCCCGGACUGAUUUGUUUAAAAUUCCAUCAAUAUCUUCUUGGAUUCAUAAAUGGACUAUUUUCCCUUACCCUUAUAAGAAAAUGCAUCCCAAAUUUAUCACAUUUACCGGCAAUUAUUUUAUUACUUUCACCGUAACAUAUCCAUUGACAAAACUGUAAACCAUUAGGCAACCCCUAAAAUUCUAAUAAUAAAUAUCUCAAUUUAUUGAAUUUUAUUUUUGAAAAAUUUGCACAAGUAGAAUUACCUACGUUAUUGCUGAAUUUCGCAAAUAUUAUAAUUUACGCAUAAGUGCGGAAUCUAUACCUUUACUCCAGAAUUUGGAAAUAUUUCGACAUUCGGCGUAGACCAUAAACAUAAUAGUAUGGUAGGUAAUUACGUGGAGUAGGUACUA